UCUGAACAUGGCGAUGGUCUUAUUUCGCUCCUCGACUAAAUCCUAAAUUAAUAAAAUAAAGCCUGCUGCACUCACGCCGUCCCGAGCCUCCAUCAAUACAUGGUGUCAGAAUAAACUGGAAGAAGAAAUUAAAAGAAGAAGAUGACGGAAACGACAAAAAACGUAAUUCUCGCCAACAACCUAAAACCGCUCGUACUGAAUCUGCAAAAUGGCGGAGGAAAAAGUGAAUGUGCAAAUUCGGAAGUAUGGAGGAAAUGGAAGCAAAGGUUCGAAAUAUUUAGUGACGCAAACGAUUUAGACAAACUCCCAGAAAGAAAAAAGAUCGCGAUCCUAUUGAAUGCCAUAGGCGAUGAAGGCCUUGAAAUAUUCAAUUCGUUCAAUGUUAACCUCGCCGACGAAACUAUAGAAAAUUUAUUAAAGAAAUUCGACAGCAAGUUCAAUGCGUGCAAAAACACCACUGUAGAGAGAUACAAUUUUUUCACUCGUUAUCAAAAUGAAGAAACACUCGAUCAGUACGUAACAUCGCUCAACAAUUUAGCUGCCACGUGUGACUUCGGAACUCUGAAAGACUCACUCGUAAAGGACAUGUUCAUCAUAGGGUUGAAAAACGAAAUAAUUAAAGAAAAAUUGCUACAGAAUCAAGAGCUGCAAGACGUCAGCGAAGCUGUUAACAUAGCGAAAACCAUAGAACUGUCGAAUAAAAGAUCCAAGAAACUGUCCGAACGUCAAGAAUCAAGCAACCAAGUAGAAGCUAUUACGAAACACACUUCAAGACCAAAAUUUAGGAACUCGUCGUCAAGAACACCGUCAAAAUCGAGGUACAAUCGCCAUUCAAGCCAGGGACGCAGCACUACGUCGUAUUCAAGGGAAGCCAGUCAGUCAAGAAACAGCGGGACAUGCCAGCGAUGCGGGCAAGUUCACCGUCACAAGUGUCCAGCGCAAGGCAAGACCUGUGCUCACUGCAAGAAGCCUAAUCACUUCGCACAGUACUGUUUCUUAAAAAAUAAAAAAGACAACAUAUAAAUAAUCUAGGUACCGUGAUGCUGUCUGGGACUUUUGAGAAUGGAAGACAGGCUGACAUCGAAUUUAUAGUUCUAGAUUGUGAAUGCUCGACUAUACUGAGUGCUGAUAAAUCUGAAGAAUUAGGUUUUGUCAAAAGGCUCUACGAGGUGACAAGUGACAGGUCAGUAAAAUCACUUUUAGAGACUUAUUCCGACACUUUUGAGGGCUUAGGCUGUCUGCCUCACAAGGCUCAUUUACAUGUUGACACAAGUGUUCCACCUAAGAUUUGUCCGGUCCGUAGAAUUCCAUAUGCUUUACACCCAAAACUUAAGACUGAGUUAGAUAGAAUGGAAGAAUUACAGGUCAUAGAAAAAGUUACCACCCCUACAGACUGGGUGAAUGCUAUUGUUCCUAUAGAAAAGUCAAAUGGUCAAUUACGCAUAUGUCUAGAUCCUAGACCACUAAAUAAGGCUAUUCAAAGACCUCAUUUUCCUUACCCUACAUUAGAUGAUUUGCGUUCUAAGGUAGCAGGUGCAUCAGUAUUUUCAAAAUUAGAUGCAAACUCAGGCUAUUGGAUGAUCCAAUUAGAUGAAGAGAGCAGUCGAUUGUGUACUUUCAACACACAGUUUGGUAGAUACAAAUUUCUUAGACUUCCAUAUGGUAUAAACUCUAGUGGUGAAAUAUUUCAUAAAGUAAUGUCAGACUUAUUCGGAGACUUACCUGGAGUACUUAUUUUUGUCGAUGAUAUUUUAGUAUUUGGCUCAAAUCAAAAAGAACACAAUGAAAGGUUAGAAAAUGUUCUUAAGAAAGCUCGUGAAGUCAAUUUAAAGUUUAACAAGUCAAAAUGUAUGUUUGACAAGUCUGAAGUCACAUAUGUAGGUCAUGUCUUCAAUAGGAAUGGUAUUUCAGCAGAUAAAUCUAAAAUAGAAGCAAUAGUUGAGAUGCCAAGACCAGAGAACAUUAAAGACUUACAACGCUUUUUAGGAAUGGUCAAUUAUUUAGGCUCAUACAUACCGAACUUAGCUAAUGAAACUAAUUUGCUUAGAAGUUUACUUAAAAAACAAAACAUUUGGCAAUGGACGGAUAACCAUGAAAAAGAAUUCAUUAAAUUAAAAAGUCUUAUUAGUCAAUCUCCAGUGCUAGUGCACUAUGGUGUAAACAAGCCAAUUAGAAUGUCUGUAGACUCAUCUAAGGAUGCAGUAGGUGCAGUUAUUUUUCAUGGAAAAAAUCCAAUUGCUUAUUCAUCAAAGUCUCUCACAAGCACACAGCAAAACUAUGCUCAAAUUGAACGUGAAUUGUAUGCUAUUCUUUUCGGAUGUAAAAAGUUUCAUCAGUAUAUAUAUGGUAAAACCAUACAGGUAGAGACAGAUCAUCAACCAUUAGUCACUCUAUUUAAGAAACCUCUGUCAGAUGUACCGGCUCGUCUACAGAGAAUGAUGAUUACACUACAAGCUUAUGACUUAAGAGUUUCAUACACAAAAGGUACAGAAAUGUAUGUCUCUGACACUUUGUCAAGAGCACCAAUUUCAUCAAACAAAAAAAUAGAUAAAUUUGAUGCUAAGGAAUUAGAAAGUAACAUUGUCUGUCAGGUAAAGUUACUAACAUCUAAUUUGGCUAUUUCUCCAAGUAAAUUACAAAAGAUUAAAGAUCAUACAAAGUCAGAUGUAACCUUGUUAAAAUUGCAGGAAUAUUAUGUAAAUGGAUGGCCAAAUAGUAAAACUCAAUGUGACCCAAUAACAUUACCUUACUGGAAUAUUCGUGAUGAAAUUCAUGCUAUUGAUGAUAUUCUAUUCAAAAAUCAGUCUGUAAUCAUUCCAAAAUCAAUGCGUUCAGAAAUAUUAAAUAUUUUACAUGAAGGUCAUAUGGGGGUUGAAA